GUUGUAUAAAACCACUGCUGUCAUGACUACUUCUGUGUGUAUUGUAAUUUCAAAAAAGUAAGGUUAUAGGUUAUGUUUUUCUCCUGUCGUCGUCGUCGCUGUUGACCUGUGCUUCUAUUCUUCAAAUAAAUUCUAGUUAUUUUUUCAAAUUAUACAAUUUCUAUUAUUUUAGAACAUUCAAAAGGUUUGCUAUUAAAUGGCUGCAUCCUUAAAAGGCGAGGUAUUGCGAACAUUCAAAAGACUACACAGAGUGAGGCAAUCCGUAUUCAAAGGGGACAACUUUGCUCUUAAUGUCACCAGAAACAAGAUAAAUGAGGAAUUCAAGAAGAACAAGCAUGUGAGUGCUGUCGAGUCAAUCCAAGAGUUGGUUAAAUUUUCUAUUUCCGUCGAAGAGGAACUACGGACAAGAGUGGUGCAAGCUAAAGAGAAAGACCCUGGUAUUUAUGAAUUGCAAAUGAGGCCAGAUAUUCGUUAUGAAAAUAAUGCGCCAUUCAUAAGUGGUGCAGCCUCCUCAAGCGCCUCUGCACCCCAAUCAACGGGAUGCUGUCAACAACAAAAAUCUGCACCAAGUUAAUUUUUUUAAUAAUUAAUGUAGUUUUAGAACUCAAAUACCCACUGUUACAUGCGAACCAGUAGCUUGGAACGCUUAUUGUUUUAAAUAGCGAUGUUCUAAGUUUCUUGUAGAUACUGUAUAUAGAAGAAUAAAAAAAUAAUAAAAACGUAUACUAAAUAACAAACGUAUACAAUAUAUAUACUAUCAAUGAAUGUAUCAAUUUUACGCAAAUCUAAUGACAGAAUCCUGUUCCUCAGUUCGCAAAUAAUGUUUUGAACAAUAAUUUUUAAAAACAAACUCGUCCAUGCGCGUUUCGGUUGCCUUUCAUCCAAAUAUUACUGCGCCAAGAACAUUAUUGAGAAUCGUUAAAAAAAUAGGUUCUAAUAAUUCAGAAAGGAUCAAAUAACUUGUCAUUAUUAUAGUUCAAAUGUUUAUUUUUCAAGUUCUAGCCGAAAAUAAUAUUAAUAGAAUGUGAGAAAAUAAAUAUAGGUGCUCAAUAUUCAACAAAAAUAGAAUAAUUUGGUAACAACUUACAGAUUGCCAUAUUUCACUUAGCAAAAAUAGUACAAAUAUAAAUUACAUUAUCUUCACAUAUAGAAGACACUGUGUGCAAAAUCAUAAUUAAAUUACAUAAUCAAUUUCUUAAAAUUACAAAUUCCAACAAAACAUAAAAAAUAAAUAAAAUUUUUCUGUAUUAUAUCACAAUUCUAUAGGACAUCACACACAUUUAGUCAAGUCUGUUCACUCAAAAAGACACAAAUCUCUAAGCAAGGAAGCCACAAUAUUACUAUAAUCACUGAACCUUCAAAGAAGCUAGCAUGAUACACAAUAAACACAACUAAUCAUUAGGAAGACACUAAAAUUACACAAUUUGAAGAAGCGGACAUAAUAGAAAUUAUAGAUCUCGCCCAAAAAUUAUUGUUAGCUGUUACUCCUCACAAAAACACAAAUUCUCUGACAGAAUUCGUUCAUUUAAGCCACGUUUUACAUAUUAGGAUAGAAAUAUUAUAAAAGUAUAACAAUGGGGUGAACACUACGUCACUACAAUGGGAAGAUGAGGAAAUAUGAUUAGAUAAUUUAUAAAAUUUGCAACUUAUUGAUGUCAAGAAGCCUUUGUGAACAGAUUGAGAAUUCUUGGUCUAGUUAUUUAUGAAAUUCUUGUUUGUUGAAGCUUUAAUGUAUUACUUUACUAAGGUCAAGUUAAUAAUUGCACUGAUUUCAAUUGAAUCAACUCACAUGUCAGUCAAAAACAAGCAGAGUGGAAACUCAAGGCAUGAUAUGUAUUGUACAUUAUUUGUAUAUUUCCAAUCUU